AUGGCGGCUAUCUAUGAUAUGACACGACGUGUUACUAUGCAUAAUGCUGAGGAUGAAAUAAAGAUCGACAAAAUUCAGGAUCAAAAUGAGGAGGAGGAGGAUUACUCAACAGAUACUACAAUCGACAAACUUCCGGACAAGGUGCUACAGCAAAUCUUUUCUUACCUAUCUCCUUAUCAGCGUGCUCAAUCAACCUAUCACUUCUUAAAACAAAUGAUACUUAACCUUGCUGAAGUAGUAGAGAUAAAAAUAAUUCUAAAAAAUCUUGAAUUUCAAAAUUCUCUGCUUCUAUUCAAUACCUUAAAUGAUUCGUUUAAGAUCCUUCAAUCAGGCCAGGUAUGCAAGAGAUGGCGAGCGGUUGCAUGUAGCCCAAUGCUGUGGAAAUUCGUUUCUUUCAGACCUAAUUACGGAGGAAUUCAGGUGACCAACCACGACUACUUCCUGCACUUGAUAGGUACACAGUUCUCUGAACUUCGCAUUGUGGAGCUCACUACCGAUCUGAUCACUCCGAAUGUACUAUACGAAAUGGCCAACAAAUGUCCUCGCUUGCAACAUCUGACACUUGAUUUCUCCACAGCAAUGCAGCUUCAUGACUUCACUGAUUUGCAAUCUUUUCCAUCUCGUCUGCGUAGUCUUACACUUUGUCUUUCCGAAAAUAUCUUUUUAGAGGGAUUCCUGAGGAAAGUGUACACAUUUAUCUCCUCAGUGGAGCUACUUCACAUCAUUGGAACUUACGAAAAAGUUGAAGACGAAGAGGAGGAGGUCUACGAAACUGUCAAUAUAUUCAAGCUCAAACAGUUCUUGCCAAAUCUUCGUGUCGUAAACUUUUGGGGGGUGCCCUUUAUCACAGACGAACAUGUGGAUGCAAUAUCAUCAAAUUGUGCUCAUUUAGAAUGUCUUUGCGUUAACUACUGCACAAAGGUAACCGGUUCUUGCUUGAAGCUGGUGCUGCAAAGGUGCCGCAAGCUCAAAAGUCUUUUCUUGGCCCACACGAGUCUUGAUAAUGCUACGAUAAAAGCUGUAGAAUGGGAAAAAACGAGAAUUGAAGAGUUGGACGUUAAAGGGACUGAACUUUUAACGGACACCUUGAUUUCCCUGCUUACUCGACUUCCAUAUCUGCGAUGGUUAGAUGCGAGUUGGCUGGAGAACAUGACUGAUCAGGUGUUGGAAGCAUGGUUACAAUCAGGUGCUUUGGGAAAUCUGCAGUUUAUCAAUUUGGAUACAUGUGACUCGCUUAAUGAAGGAGCGCUGACUGAGAUGAUCGUUCGUCAUGGAUCACAGUUACAAGGCUUAUGUCUAGGAGGACAACACAAACUACUCGAGUAUUUUUGGAUGAAUAUGAUACCACAGCUUAAAAACAUCAGGGUAAUCGUAAUGGGCAUCGCAGAAGACUGUUGUGCAAAAGUGGCUGCGAAAAUCCAUGUUGAUCAAUUCAUCGACUGCAUUGCACAGAAUUGUCCUUUAUUGACUCGACUAGAGAUUCGCUGGGAUGACGAUACACUCAGGUUUUCGGACAAGUCCAGGGUAAUCGUAAUGGGCAUCGCAGAAGACUGCUGUGCAAAAGUGGCUGCGAAAAUCCAUGUUGAUCAAUUUAUUGACUGCAUUGCACAGAAUUGUCCUUUAUUGACUCGACUAGAGAUUCGCUGGGAUGACGAUACACUCAGAUUUUCGGACAAGUCCAGGUAAAU